AUGGUCCUACUCCCUAUGCGCAAGUCGAACUUGGUCUACCCACCAAUCUUUACCACGUGUUUGCUGCGCUUUCGUCAGCCUUUUGUCCCUAGUCUAGUGACUUUUGGGCCAGAACGAACCACCGGUAGGUUUGGCCAGUGCCUCCUGAGACUUUAUGCUCUAGUGAGCGACUAUGACAAGUUUCGGUUAGGAGUAUCAACAAACCCAAUCAACGUCUCACUUCAAUCCGUGCGCCCCCGGAUUGCUAGGCCAUUCAUGCCAGCCAAUAGUGCUAUCACCCUGAGGGUUGCCAGAUUUGACAGAGGGGAGCUGACACGCAAGGUUCUCUUAUCUUUGCGCACUUGUUCUUGUGUGCAAGUUGCUAUAUACCCAUCCGCUUGCGAAGGUCCACCUGGUCAAAUCUUCAAGGAAGAUCUUUUCUUGGAAUCGACCGUUCAUUUGAGCUCCGUCUACACCUGCAACCGAUGUCCCGGGAGUACCUCAACCCUCAACGAGUAG